AUGGAUGGGGUUCACCUUGGACAUUCGACAUGUCGUGAACUCGUCAAACCGAUUACCACCCCAUAUGCUCUAGUGCUCAAGAAGGCCUUCGGCAUGUUCGACCAGAAGAAGACCGGCUCCAUCGAGGUCAACAAGGUGGCCGCCAUCCUCAACACCAUGGGCCAGCAGUUUGACGACGACGAACUGAAGACGCUCUGUGAAGACAAGGCCAAAGAUGGGAAACUGGACUUCGACAGCUUCGUCAGUAUCGCCUCUAACUUCCUGGAGGAAGAGGAUGACGAGGCCAUGCAGCAAGAACUGAAGGAGGCUUUCCGGCUAUACGACAAAGAAGGGAACGGCUACAUCACGACACAGGUGCUGCGGGAGAUCCUGAAGGCGCUGGAUGACAAGCUUACGUCAGAGGACUUGGACGGCAUCGUGGAGGAGGUGGACACAGACGGCUCGGGGACGCUCGACUUUGACGAGUUUAUGGAGAUGAUGGCAGGCGAGUGAGGUCACCACGAGGCACCCAGCUGUGGCUGCCGCUCCGUUCUGCAUGCCACGCCUCCGCCGAAACAAACUGGUCCGCCGCAUCGUCCCAGAUUAGAUAGUCCCGGCAUAGGUCACCAAAAGCCAACGACGCUGCCAGCCGAGACGUCAAAUGCAACCCUAAAGGCAGCGUUCACAUCCCGCGACACUUCCCAUGGCUCCACAACCCAGGCGUUCCUCCCACCCUUUGCAGUGUACGGAAACUGGAAUGGUUGUGCGACCCUAUGCGCGACGCGAAUGCAAGUACAGCUAUAUACGUUGCUCCCGAUGUGUCGACUAGCAGCCUUUGGGCACCGCUGGGCAUCCGAUGAUGGUGCAAUCCUUCAUGAACGUCGCGCAGCGCUGUGUUGUUACUAAAUGUUGAAAUAUGAACUAUGUGCAGACUUUUCUAUCGUGCAAGAGCGUAGCUUCAGCGAACAUCCAUGACUGAGAAGCAUUAGUAUGAAUACAAAUCAAAUUGUA